AGUCACUUCUAUGCGGUUGUCGACGACCUCGAGGGUGCGCCGUUUGUCUGUCAGCUCGUAGAGAGAAAAAGCUAUCGAUUUUCCGCGUCCAGACCGCAAUAUCUCCAUGAAAUUUCUCUGCUUGGCGCUGUUUCUGAGCGUCUUGAUUCGCGCGUGCUCGUCAGUUAUUGACGAGAGGGUCCUAGUUGUCUACGAAGAUGAUGUCAUUGACUCUCACUCGGAGUUUUUCGCGCAGCUGAGAGAGAUUGGAUACGUGUUGAGCUUCUCGGACGUCCAGGCCGACGACAUAAAGCUGAGGUAUUACGAAAAAUACAUUUACGACCAGCUGAUCAUAUUCGCGCCCAACGCGGAGGAGUCCUCUCUCUCUGUCGAGGCGGUCGCCGACUUCGCCAACAGCGGGAAGGGCGUGCUCAUAGCCAUGUCUGACUCUCCCGGACGCUUCGCGCGAAGUUUGGCGAAGCGGUUCCGAGUCGCGGUUCGGGACAAGGUGGUGGACUUCCACCUGGACUGGGACCUCAGAGUGGACCAGGUGGUGUUCGCCGAGGUGCCGUCGGACUUGAAGUCCGUGUUCGGCGAGAACCCCAUCUCCAAAGUGGCCUUCAAGGGCACUUCUCUGUCUCCGAACGAGAGUCUCGUAUCGAAGUUGUUCCAAUUCCCUAUGCUCUAUUCUUCGCCGACGUCUUUUCCGUCUCCCCGCGAGACGUUGGGCGUUUGCAUUCAGGGCACCAACGACGCGCGCGUGGCGAUCGUGGGAUCGCUGGACGUGUUCUGCGACGAGUACUCCGACCGCUCGAAUGGCCUUGGCAACGCCGACUUCGCCCGGGAGGUCGCCAAGUGGACAUUCAAGGGCCGGUCUCGCCUGUACGUCUCGAGUCUCAUUCACUACGCCGUGGCGGAAAAAUUGCCGCGCUCGAUGUACUCCGUGAACGAGGAAGUCGAGUUCAGGAUCUACCUUCGAGAAUACAAGGACGACAAGCUGGUCCCGUUCAACGUCGACCAACUCCAACUGGAGGUCAUCAAGGUAGAUCCGGUGAUUCGCCUGAACAUGGAGGCGGGCGCGGACGGAAUGCACUCGGUGAGGUUCAAGCUCCCGGACACCUUUGGAUACUACAAGUUCAGAGUGCAGUACCGAUGUCGUGGGUACACCAGCGUGUUCGCUCAAGAGCUUUUGCCCGUCAGGCCGCUAAGUUCCGAGGAGAGAGGACAGAUCAAGGAGAUUGCGUAUCCGUACUACGCGGGUGCGCUGUCCAUGCUGAUAGGGAUCGUCUCGAUGAGCGUCAUCAUUCUGUACCAGAAAUAGCACGCGCGUGGCUCGAGGUAGCGGCCGGGGCGACUCUGACACAUUUGCUUUCCUGUCAAACAAAAAAAAAAUAAUAAUAAUAAUUAUUGUUGUCUAGACGCUCGUUUGGUUGAGAGUCGACAUGGAGUUCACUAAAGAGGAGUGCGCUUCCCUUCUCAAGAGUCUGAGGUCGAGAGCAGAGAAUCAAG